GAAUUCUCAACCGCGCUGAGCGGGUUUAGUGGAGGAUUCCACGCUGAUUGACUCUGGCAUUGUGGACCAUCGUUAUUUAUCGCGUCUAUGUGCAACUAAUAUGUUUUCUGGAUUCUAUACAUCUCCAUCAAUUAUUUAAAGUUUUAUAUAUUUGUAACAAUGGUUUUCCCAACAUCACCGCAGGAGUUCUGUAGGAUUCGGAACUAUCCCAGUGAAGCGGAACUAUCCUCGAGUCAACAUACUUAUAGCACUUCAGAAUGCUCAUCUUCUACUUGUGAUACUGCGGAAUCGCAUAAAUAUGAAAGUAGACGAAAAUUUGUUGGAUCCAAAGCUUCCCCAAUGAAUUCACUCAAACGGGUAUCACGACAAAAGUCUGCAGAAUAUAAAGAUGGAACACCUAUCAUAUGCCCCAACUGUGAUGCAAUGCGUAUGCAGCUGACUGAAGCUACUACACAAUGCUAUGAUCAGUGGAUUAAACGAAUAAAGGUUCUUGAGGAAAUGCUACAAGAAAAACAAAUUAUAAUAGACGAAUUGCAAGCUGCAUGGUGUGAACGUUGCCAAGCUCUAGAGCAACAACAAGUGAUCAAUCAACAACUAACAUCGCAACUAAAGGAAAUCAAUCAAAUGUUAUCAGAUUUAAAGAUUGAAAAUUACCAGUUGAAAGAUACACUCCAGCAAAAGGAAGAAUUAAUCGAGGAUCUCUAUGCUGAUAUUAAAAUAUUGCGUGAUAAAGAUGUCCAUAAUCAGGAAUUGAGACAGAUUGAUUUGCAAACUAUAGAAGAUUUACGAAAGACUAUUGUGGCAACUAAAAAGCGGUAUCGCAUAAAUUCGUCAUUUAACUUACCAUCGUAUAAACAUAAAAUCGGAAUCGCAGGUAAAAUUAAAAAUCGUAUCCAAAUAGCGGCAAGGAACAAGAUGAAGCAUAACAAUCGCAAUUCAGCUGAGUAAAUGCUGUAUUUGAUUUUAAGCAGCAUCUCAACAACACAACUGACAAU